AUGGAAGCGUCCGCGUACUACUGCCUCUAUAAGACGAGCAAGUGCCGCAACCCGCGUGGGCUCAAGCGAGAUGGGACGCUCCACCGAAUGUGCAACGAUCACCGCGCCAAGGCCAACGAGAGCCAGCGCAAGAGCGAAGCCAAGAAGCGGUUCCGCAAGCACGUCGGUCUCAAGCGCCCAGUCCCGUGGUCGCCGCCUUUGGCCCAUGUCGACAAUCUGCCAAUGACGCAGUGGCACAGUCCCGUUCUGGAAGACGACGCGUCGACAGACGAAGAGCAGCCGAGGUGGCCCGCACCCCCCAAGAUGGCGCUGGCUUUCAUUCUCGACGCGGACGUUGACAUGUGUCGUCGUCACGCGAAUGAUGAUUAG